CCGCGCGGGAGCUGCUCGGGGAUGGCGGGGUGUGGGGCCCGAGCCGUUCGGUACCUGGACCGGAUUAAAGCCGGGGCCCGCGGAGGGCUGCGGCCUCUGGCUUCGCCAGCCCGGCUCUGUGUGUGGAGCGGCUCCGAGUUUGUCUCCGUUUAUCGGAGGGACAGCGGCUUAUUGGAGGUUGUGUACAGGUUACCUGGUUCUGUAUGGCAAUUGGAAGUGGACAGCAAGAGUGAGCGGUUGCUUGUGCUGUGUGCCGGCUAUGGAAUAUACAGCAUACCAUUAAACCAGAAGUGUAGCCUUAUUAAGGAGACAGGAGCUCGGGAAUCGCUCUUUGAUGCUUCCCAAUCGGAGAGUAACUGUGGGAGUCACAUGCCUCGUGUCUGUGCUGUCAGUGCUGAAAGAUGCAUUGUCAGGGAGUCUGCAAUCUUCUCCUUCGUUGUGUCAGAUGAUGUUGUCGUGACGAUGGCUAAGGAGGAUCAGAAAUGGAGGAUGAGCUUCCUCAGACUCCCAACUCUAGGUUGUGAGGUUCAGCUGUGCAGAAAAAUUGAAGACAUAGAGUUUGCUUUGCAUCCCAAUGUACCAUGUUGUGAAAAAUCCCUCCGAUCCAGCCACCCUCCAGUGUUAAGUUGCAUUCACCCUCACACCGUGAAGGAUUCCGAGGAGCGGACAAGGGGUGACGAUUAUCUCUGUCUGGAACCAUCUCUUUUCAGUCUACUCUUUAGUGUUGAUGCCAACAUGCUGAACUCACCCAUCAUCCUUUGUGGGUUGCCAGAUGGGCAAGUUUGCUUUGUGCCAAUGAAAUAUGCCAGAUCUGAGGCCAAAGGUCAUGCAUCACGAAUAACAGUGCUGCACCACCUCGAACAACCAGUGGUUUUUAUUGGAGUUGUGACAGUAAAACAGGAAGGGAAUGAUGAUCAGGAACGCCAGUUGUCAACAGACAAACCACUGAUUCCUGACUGUAUUGUAGUGAUCGGGAAAGGUGGCAAAGUGGUGAUUAUCAAGGCCAGUCUUCAAAUGGAGAUGUGGCUUCCCAACUUCAUUCAGUAUCACCUUCGAGGGCCCAUCAUCAGUGCCUGUUGCCACGCUAGUACCCUUUACUACAGCACUUGCUGGGAUUUCUUCAGUGUUGAGCUUGUACUUGGGGAGAAAUCGUUUGGAUUAGCUGGGAGGACAGCAGAUGAGAGGAAUGGCCAAUCUGAAUGUGUUCUACCUUCUAUUCUUACACCCAUUAGUCUGAACAUCUGUGGGGUUGUAGCUGUUUGCAAACCUUCACUAACAGCCAAAGGCGAUGUCGAUUUAGCAGCGCUGACUGAGAAAGGCAAGUUGAUGGUGUGUACUUUACCCUGCAGUCCAAGUGCAACCCAGAGCAUGAACCUCACAGCAGCCAGUGCAGGACAACGCAUUAAGGACCUUCUCUCUGGGAUUGGCAGUGUCUCCGACAGAAUCACAUCCUUGAAGUGUGUCAUGCAGCAGAAAGACAAGGCUUUAAAAGGGCUGAACCAGGACUUCAACUUAUGCUGCGCGCUGCUGUCCAAUCAGGAAAGCCAGGAGAAAGGAAUGGUGCCCUCCAAACAACCAGUCAGCUGCCGAGUCACUGCGAGGUGGACCCGUUUACUGCUGCAGGAUUCGCUAGUUGUUUCCUGCAUUUUGGAGAACCUCAGCGACUGGCCACUGGAACACAGGUGGUCUCUUUGUGUGAAGCUGGUUAUCCCGACAUCUGCUUUGACCAAGGGCUCGGAGAGCACAGCCUUUACUUAUAGUUUUCCCAUCAGUGAACUUGCACCUGGAAAGAAAAUGGAGGCCACUGUCCCUUUGAACUCUGAGAGUGAUAGUUUUGUAGCUCUUCCUGUGUCGGUUCACUGCUUUCUCUAUUAUAGUUUGAGCAGUGUUUUGCCAGGGAAUGCCAGUGAACUGCCUUUCUCUCAUAGUUCCUCGCUGUCACCUAGAUUAUCAGAAAGUGAUGGAAUUUGCCUGCCUCUAAGCACUCACAUUAUUGAUUUGUUAGAUUGCUUGCACAUUCAUGGAGGAGGAGCAACUGAAAUGGUGUCAGCCCUGAAUAGCAGCCACAAGGCUAGCACCUCAGACCCAUUGGAGAUAUUUCUACGGUCCUUUACGAGGCCUGAAGUCAAUUACGUUAAUGGCAGUGAAAAGUUAAAAGGGUCUUUCAGUGUUCCAGGUAGUGAAAGCACAGCUAAAGGACCUUUUUCAGCCUCCAUCAAGUUGUCCUCUGCUCUGGUGAAGGUUGCUGUGAAAGAUUUGGGUACAGGAAAUGCUGAGGAGAAUGGAUCUGAUGUCCUUCAGUGGCUGCUGUCUGCCAAUGCUGAGGUGGCGACAGUAAGGAUGAAGCCUCUGCCGAUCGUGCACUGCAGUGCACCAGAUGGCAGCAGUGUCCGGAUACUCGCAAAGCAGGUUGUUGUUGCCGAUUUCUCUGUUGAUGGACCACUCAGUACAGUGGAAAUUGUGAUGGAGUGUUCCUCGCUCACCAUGUUUUGUUUCUUGCAUCAGGCAAUUGCACGGCGUGUCCAGAUGCUUUUGGAGCAGAGUUCUCCCAGUGGUGACUCACUGCCUGGCCUUCGAGUACAGUGUCUCAGACAGCUGGUACACAAUGCAGAGGCCCUUCUCAAAGAGGUGCAUUCACUGCGUGACCAAUUGUGUGUUGGGGCGGAAAUGAAUAUGAGUGACACCGUGGCCAAAAUUCUACAACUGUACGUGCAACUGAGGAACACUGAUCUAGUUAUUGUGUAACAAAUGGAAUUGUUCAAAGUGCCACAAUCUCCAGAUAAUGCUGAGCUUGUUUUCCACUUUUUUUUUAGCAGUCCACAUCUAAUGAGAGGGGAUUUUUAUGUUUUGUGUCAGUUUUAAAUUGCUAACUUGUUGAAUGCUGAUCUUCUGGUAUCUCUUUCAUUUGCCAUGUGUCAUGAAGUGUCAUUAGUGUAGCUCCUCUCUCAUUCUCAUUCUCAUUCUCACUCUCAUUCUCAGGAGAUCUCAAAGAGCUUCACAGCCAAUGAAUUACUUCUGAAGUGUUGUUGCUGUUAUUUUGUAGACAAACUCGGCAGCCAAUUUGUGCAUAGCAAGGUUCCACAAACAGCAGUGAAAUAAAUGAUUCCCUUUGACCAGUUUAGUAGGUGUUGGUUGAGAGACACAUUGGCCAGGAUGUCAGGAGAGAUGCCUCCUAUUUGAGCAGUGCCAUGGGAUCGUUUAUGUCUACUUAAACAGGCAAAUGGGGCUUUGAUUUCCAAAAGACGUCAUCUCUGACUGUGCAGUUCUCCCUCAGUACCCCAUUGAACUGGCAGCCUGGACGACGUGCUCCAAUCCCGCUUUGAGUCUUGAACCCAUGAUCUCCUGACUUCGAGGCAAGGACGUUACCUUUGUGCCAAGCUGACACUCAGUUAUUACAUGAAACAUAAUAGCAGCCACCUUAGGGAAUGCAAAUAUCUGGACUGGUCUGCAGAAGCAGAGUCACUACACUCCAAAAAUAAUUCAUUACGGAAAACACUGAGACAUUUAAAUGUUGUGACGGAGCUCUAUAUAAACCUAAUGGAAUGGCAAUGAUGGUCGUAAGAAUCAUGGACCAGGACAGGUUAGAGUCUGUGGGCUGAUAUUUUACUGCGAUAGUUUGCAGCCUUUGUACCAUUUGCAUGAGCCUCAUUGCUAAACAAGGACUUGCAUAACCCAGCAUUCCACUGUGGUAAAAUGUCUGCCCCGGCAAUGUGCCUGGUAGUGUGAUCCCAGGCAUGUGAUGGUUCAAGUGGGAAGCUGGUUUUAUCAAAUGAGAGUGAUACAGAAAUGUAAUUUGAAAAAAAUUAUAGAACUGAAAAGCUUGAAAUAAAAUUGUUUGGUAUUCAAAA